AUGCCAUGGCAUUGCACACAUGAUACCUCUCAGUGGUCCUAUUUAGGACAAGGUUCUCUAUUAUUCUGCUUUGGUAAAUGGAAUCAUAACCUAUUCCUGGCAGUUGAUGAAGUUGGAAGGGCCAAGGAGGACCCUCUUACAAGAAAAUCAUAUUUUGACAGAAAACAUUAUCAGAUAGAAGCUGCACUUCCACUGGUCGAGAAUUUGAUUAAAGAAAAUGCAGAGCUUGUAGAAAAGGUGAACGAGUUGUAUUCUGAGCUUGAGCAAAGGGGUUCAAAAAUGGAACUCUCUUCCUCUGUUGGCUCUAAUCCAAUGGGUGUGAUUCCUCAAUCAGCUAAUGUUGCCGAUACCUCAGCUAUUGUGAUGCAUCCAACAGUUGGAACUGCCGAUAAAUUUGGAACUGCAUAUUCAACUGAUUCCACAUCUGAAGCUGAAAUGGAGUCGGAUGAAAUUGUGCAAACUCCUUUAGAUGAGAACGAAGUUAUGGAUGCGUCUGAUAUAGAGGCUGGACAAAAUGAUUAG